AAUUCAAACUGUGGCCCCCGGUCACGGCCAAGGCCGGGAUAUCUCAUUAAUUCGCCACCCAACACCUCUCCGCCCGGGAUUAGAAAACAUUUCCUAAUCUCAGUGGCUAAUCAGGAUUAUUAUCAUUUUGCCCUGGGCACGAACACGUCCAACAACAACCAACACACUGCAUCUCGACUCGCUCGCCCGAUAUGUCUGGGUCACGCCUACGUACGCGGUAUGAGGCUCAAAUGAGCGAUGUCGUUUCUGCCGCCGGAGAGAUGGAGUUGAUGGGUGAAACGAGCAUCAACGAGCUUAGGUCACCUGUCAAUCGCACGUUUGCCAUUGACGAAGAGGAAGAAGAUGAGGAUGUGAUGGGUUUUGAAGCUCGAGAACGGGGGAGAUUGUUCGGUGAAGGGGACGAAGAGGUCCUAGCGGAUGGAUACAUGUCGAAUGAGGAUGAAGAAGAAGAGGAUGAUGGAGAUGAAGAGAUGCUCAUGGGGGAUGGGGAAGGUGAAGAAGACGAUGAAGAUGAAGAGGAGGAGGAGGAAGAGGAAGAGGAGGAGGAGGAAGGAGAAGAUUCCGAAGAGCUUGGAUUUGGGAGCGAGACCAGUUCGAUGGUGUACGAUCGAAAUGUGGAUCCGGUAGGAUGGGCAAAGAGACUUGACGAGCUGGCGGGAGUCAUGGAGAUGGGAGAAGAGGAAGUGAGGGCAUUGAAAUGGGGUCCCGUGAUGGGCAAUGGUGCGCCAGUCCCUCUACUACCGCUCGAGGACUUCAAAACAGUCUUGAACCAUCAUUUGACGACCACUGAAUGGAAAUACACAUCCUCUCCUGAUCUUUUCCCUCCUAUACCUUCUCGUCAACCUCUCGACACCAUGACACAUCUGGGUCUCCCCUUAGAUCUCGACUCCGCCGUCCAUCCCAUACGCGUGUUGGGCAGAGACUGGGUAGGCAGGCGAGCAGAGAGACCGAUAUUCGAUAAUGUACAUGAGGGGGAUGAUGAUUCGGAAUUUGGACACGACACAUUUGGACUGACUGGCUUGGGACUCAGUGUAGAUGGAGCGAGGUGAAGCGAGGCGAGUGGACUCGGACACGAUUUGUACAAGAUUCUCCGUUGUAGCCCUUACCAAUAUUCAUUAACGAGACAUUGAGACGCAUGACUUUGGAUAAUGUAUCUGUUAGCUCAUACCACGAUAUUCCACCUGUCCAUCAACCAGAACUUCUCAAGACUCCUUUUCCCUGGGCCGGGG